CGGAAUAUUCGGAAAAACAAAAACGUGCCAAAAAGCAAAGAACCAAGCAUACCAGGAAAUAAAUUCUCCAUCUUCUAACUUUCAGCCAUCUACACAGGUUAAUGCACCUAGUUUCCCGGCAGAGACAUUCAGGGAAAUUACAACAAAUACAAUUGCAGUUCAUAACAAUGAUACAAGUUCGAGUCUGAUGAUGAUACCCAACAGAUGUUACCAUCGGUACCACCGACACCACCGAUACAAACAUUUAGGCAAUACAAAACUCAAAGUAUUCGGGGACCACUUGGAUUGAUGCUUCAGGCCGAUAAUACGGAUCGUGUUCCAACUACUGCUGACACACCUCAUAUUCCAAUUUUAAUUAAGAAGGGCACCAAACUUUUUAUACCAGAGGAGAGUCAUAUUCCCAUGUACCGAACGAAUGGUAAAAUAAGAGGCAAGUCUCUAAUCAUAAACAACAUCAAGUUUAAACACAAACAUACUAGAGAUGGGGCACAUAACGAUAGUACGAACAUGUUCAAUUUGUUAAAAGCCUUAGAUCUUAAUCCUAAAGAAAAGAACAAUUUAACAGCGGGCCAAAUAUCUAAAACUUUGCAGCAUUUUUCAAAUAAUUCAGAAUUGGACAAAGUAGAUAUAUGCUUUAUUGUGAUAAUGAGUUACGGAAAAGGGAGUGUUAACGACAUGACUGAGAUUUACGGGGUUGAUGAGGGGCUCAUCAAAGUCCAUGACAUUAUCUCGCAUUUUGCUUCAAAUCGUUGUAAAAAGUUGGCGGGAAAACCAAAAGUUUUCAUCUUUCAAUGCUCUCGAGAUUCUGCGGACAACAAAGGAAUCGAAUUUGAUGCCCGACCACCAACGCCCCCGCCGCACCUCGGAGAUAUGCUAAUUGCAUAUUCAACUAUGCCUGGAUUUCCGUCUGGUAGAAAUUUGGAGUUGGGUUCAUAUUACAUUCGGGAGAUAUGUAAUGUUUUUAUGAGGCAUGCUUGCGACUUGCAUCUAGAAGAUAUGUUUAAAAUAAUAGAAAAUAAUCUUAAAAAUAGAACUAUUCAGCAGCACACAUCGUAUGAGAACAAAUCGUUUCAGAAUUGUUAUUUAAAUCCAAAGUAAUUGAAUUUAUUAUAUUUCUAUGGAAACAACUGACUAAAUCAAUUUAAAUUUACUAUUGAUAAAUUUAGGAUUUUUUUCCUUUUCCGGUGACUGAUACCUAUUAUAUACAAUUUUUUGAUAUUUUUGUAUAGUUAAAUAUGAAUAAAGAUUCUAUCCAUUGUAAUGAUUUGGAAAUUCAAACCAGAAUUAACGGUUCUGGAAUUAACGGAGUGUUGCUGCUAUCUUUUGAUAAAGCUUCAAAGAUAAAAAUAUUGAUAUGACUUAUCUAUGACAUGAUAACUGGAGGCUCAUAAAUAAUUUAGAGGCUGGCAAAUUUGCCUUAGCAGUUUGUCGUCAUGGGCUCCUCGCAAAGCAAAGAGGAAAAGAAGGCACAAAACAAACAAAGCAAGAAAACGAGCACCCAAGUGACCAACACUAAACAUGGAUUUUCUCAAAAUAAUACUGCCACUAGUUUCCAGCGCACGAUAACUACGCAGCAUAGCUAUUCUAGCUCUCUCGCAUCGACCCAACUACAAGGCGAUGUUCAAAGAUCUGUUCAAUCAGUUUCUCCACGAUUUGCUAGUAAUACCAUUUCACCAGCAAGCAAUAUUGGUUCAGUGUUUCAAUUUGACAAUCCAACAUGGCGGGCUGGACAUUCAGGCACGGUUUCGGGUUUCCCGACUAAUUCACAACCUUCAAGGCCAGCUAUACCAUCAUAUACCCCCGCUGUUAGAGGUCCUUUAGGACAAUAUUCAUCACCGGUAUCAAGAUUGAGGACCUUGUCAACUCCAACAUUGGAAACCAGCCGGGCAACGCCCCGAAUGCAAUACGACCUAAAUGAGCCAUCAAUUAUUGACAUUAGAAUAAAGAAAAAGCCACAAUUAAUUAAAGAAAUUAAAGGCGGCAUUCCUAUGUAUAAUACAAUCGGGCCUAGACGGGGUAAGUCUUUGAUCAUCAACAACAUCAAAUUCAAAUCACAACCUCGAAGUGGUGCCGAUUACGAUGGCAAAAAUUUGUUGAAUCUUUUCAAAGCUUUAAAUCUUGAUCCAAAGACAAAGGACAAUUUGAAAGCUAGUGAAAUGAAAAGUUGUCUAGAAGGUUUUGCAAAGAGUCCCGGACUGGAUAAAGUUGAUAUGUGUGUUAUUGCAAUCAUGAGUCAUGGGACGGGAACCAUGGACACACAGACGGAAAUUACCGGUAUUGACAACGAAACAGUUACGAUUUUCGAUAUAAUUUCAUAUUUUUCGAAAGACAACUGCCCCAGUUUAUACGGGAAACCAAAAAUAUUUAUAUUUCAAUGUUGCCGGGGUGAAGACCAGUUGGUUGAGCACGAUGCCCAGCCAAUGAGACCCCUUAAUUGUGGUGACAUGCUGUUGGCUUAUGCAACUAUGCCAGGUUUCGUAUCUUACCGAAAUGUCGAGUUGGGUUCAUACUUCAUUAGAGAGAUUUGCAACGUUUUUAUGAACCAUGCGUGUGAUACUCAUUUAGAAGAUAUGCUUAAGAAAGUGGGAGAAAGCGUUAAGGAAAAAUUAGGUUCCAAACGGCAAUUGACUUCCUAUGAAAACUUGUCAUUUAAAAACUGCUAUUUUAAUCCUGUGUGAUAUAUAUUUAAUCAUUGAAAGAUAAUUUACAAAAAAAUUGUUGUUAAAAGCCUAUAUUUUUGAAAAUAUAGUAGGUAUAUUCUGAUUUA